UCGUUUUCCCUCUCAAUUUCACUCUUUACUGAAUCUUCAUCCAUUUCAACCCAGUUCUGCCUCUCCCUCUCAUCACCACCGCACCGCCCCACUUCUUCGUCUCCUCUCCGUCAACACCACCGUCUCACAUCUGCGCAUCUCCCGCCUCUCUACAUAAGAGGUGAAGUUCUUGAAUAGUGAAUACAGGCUGUCUAGUGGAAGUUUGAACUUUGAACAUGUAUGGGAGAACAGCUUGCCAACUUGUGAAAGAAUUUGCAAGCGGAGAUAAGGGCCAGCUUGUGUCAUUCAAUAGUGACUUGUUUCAACAAGUAGUUGCAGAAUGCAGUCAACAUCUCCUUGAACUGCAGUCCCUGAUAAGGAAGAUGGAGGAAGAACGUUUGGAUAUCCAAACAGUAAGAAAUGCAGAUUAUUACGGAGCGCUUAUCCAUCAUCUUACUUUAGUCCGAAAUAAACGUUGCCUAAUGGCUUAUGUGUAUAAUCGAGCAGAAAUUAUACGGAACUUAUUAUGGAAGAUAGGGCAUGUGCUUCCUCAAGAAAUUGAAGAGAAGCUUUCUCAUGCGGAGGGAGAAUAUUUCAAGAAGCAUUCUGCAGCAUUGAAAUAUUAUAUGUCGAAAGUGAUGGUUGAUCUGACUGUGGAUAUGAUACCACCAAAAGAUCCUUACAUCAAAGUAAGGGUUCUUGAUGACAUUGGAGACGGCAUUCUGCUUAGUGAUGAUAAGACUGCAAAUUUUGCCUGCCAUUCAAUGCAUCUUCUGAAGCGAACUGAUGCUGAGCAAUUUAUCUCACGGGGUCAAAUGGAGGAACUAUCUGGUUGACCUUGUAGGCUACCAAGAGGAUAUGUAUAUGAGAAGGUCAUUUCAAAGUUGAUACGGAUUAUGUAAUAUUUUUAAAAGUUUUUAAUUUUAGUGACAUUCUUCUCAAUUUCGCAAGUGUUAGAUUAAGAAAAUGGAUCAAAACUU